UGGGUAGAUAAUUGUGUUGGCUGUUGCUAGUUGCUUCCUCUCGAUAUCGGGGACGACUGAUAUCACAGAUAAAACACAACAUUGAAAGUGGCUAUACCCAUAUCCAACGCUGGUCUAAUUCGCAGCUUCCAAAAUCACCAAUCAAAAUAACUAUUUGGAUGCAGAUUAUUCUUCUAAUUCGUUUCUAAAUCCAAUAUUUAGAAUCUCAUCAGCUUUCGUGAUCCAAGGCCCUCGACCGACGACAUGUUACGAUUAUCACCAACCACGCUCUCCUUGACUAUAACGGAGGUCAAAGAUUUUGAGCGUCAUCUUCGCUUCAAAAAGUAUCUUGCUAAAGAGGACACCUUCGGUAAAUUGCCUAUUCGUACCAAGAAAGAUGACACCGCUGCUCAAAAGAGCACAGGGUCGGAAGGUGGCGAUGUAGGCCGACCAAGCUCGGAAGUUCUCCCUCAAGAUUCAUCUAUCACUGAAGUCAAGGACAGUCCAAAGCUUCUAUCAUGCCCCCCUCGACGUCCACCAAAAUCGGGUGGUGACUCUACUAAGAGCGGCUCCCUAGGUUUAGCACACUCCUCUCCAAGCGGGACUCCAAGCUCGUUGAAUACUCCCCAACCUACUGGUUGGGGAAACUUACCAAUGACUCUACCACCACCAUUCUCGACGGAGAAGAGAACUGUAUCAGAUGCUCAGUCUUUACCUUCGACCCACCAGAGCACUCAGGGACAUCCUCGUCACGGUGACGUUAGUCAAGCGCCGCCAGUAACUCCUCCCAGACGGUCGUCUCUCAGAGUGGCACACACCGAGAUCCAUUCGAGCUCGCCGCCCUUAAGAGGUAGAAGGCGCUUUGUCAGUUCGGCGGUUAGAUUCAUGGAAUCCAUGAUUCCUUCUCCUAGACACAGCUCUACCUCACUAUCGCCAUCACCGUCACCACACGUAUCCAGGCCUGACUCUGAUGCGUCGGCGCGAGAGGCCGAACUUGGAUUCAGAAUCUACAACGACGCCCUUCCGGCAUCAUCGCAACCGCAGACGCCACACAAUCUUCCAGAAGCACGUCAUCGAAGCCGUCUUUACGGAUCAUACACUGCACCUCAUCACUGUUCAACUUCGGUAUCCUCCCACCGGUCUAGCGUCGAUAGAACGAUGAUGGAUACUACUGGUAGUACAUCGGGUCUCGAGACACCCGGAUUUCAAGGCCUCUACGGCGGCCUGGAGAAUAGUGAAGACUCGGCAUUAUUCCACGAAGCGUCUAGAUACCGGGAUGAAGGCUUCGGAGAAGAAGAGUAAGGUUAACAAGAAUGCGAGGGUAUUUCUUGGAGUUGAAUCACGUGUCCUGAGGGUUAACCGCUUAUGAAUAUGUUCCGGCCAAGACAGCAUUAUUACGACGAAGAAACAACAACAGCAGCAGCAGCAGGCUUAAGCAUUAGCAUACCAUCAAACCUUCGGCUUUUUUUUC